AUGAUGACCGGGUACUACACUGGGUACUACACUGGGUACUACACUGGGUACUACACUGGGUUCUACACUGGGUACUACACUGGGUACUACACUGGGUACUACACUGGGUUCUACACUGGGUACUACACUGGGUUCUACACUGGGUUCUACACUGGGUACUACACUGGGUACUACACUGGGUACUACACUAGAUACUACACUGGGUACUACACUGGGUACUACACUGGGUACUACACUGGGUACUACACUGGGUUCUACACUGGGUACUACACUGGGUUCUACACUGGGUACUACACUGGGUACUACACUGGGUUCUACACUGGGUACUACACUGGGUACUACACUGGGUACUACACUAGGUACUACACUGGGUACUACACUGGGUACUACACUGGGUACUACACUGGGUUCUACACUGGGUACUACACUGGGUACUACACUGGGUUCUACACUGGGUUCUACACUGGGUUCUACACUGGGUACUACACUGGGUUCUACACUGGGUACUACACUGGGUACUACACUGGGUACUACACUAGAGGGGACCCCUCUGCUCUAGCCCCGCCCUCGUGGUUAAACCCGGACUGGCACAGGGACCGGGCCAAACAUCCUGGAUGGAUUGAGAGCGUCCUGUUGGGAUUACGAGGAGCUACAGAAGUAACUACAGACUCACCAGGUUCACAUUGGAUUGUUAUGGCCCUGACCACAGAAUAA